CUACGUUUUUGUUUACUGUUUAGGCUAUUAUUUAGGACUCACUAAAAAUUAGUUUAACUUUACUUUUAUUUUUUAUUUAUAUUUAACGUUUUUUUGUGUUUAAUUAGUCUACCCUUUUAAAGUAAAAUACAUUUUUUAAUGUAAGAAAUCAGAUAAAAUCAAAUUUAAUUGAUUAAAUGUUAAUUUUGUUUGAUUUUCACUUUAAAACAAUUUCAGAUAGCAGUAAUGGUGAGACUGAGGGUGCAAAACGAGACGAUGAAGAUAAACCCGAAUCACUUACAAUAAUUCGAGAUGAAGUGGAAGUGGGACAACAUGAGCAAAGCUCGCUUGCUGUGUCACAAAACCCAAACUUCGAAGUGGAAGUUUUCGGAGAUCCUCUGGCCUUGGAUUCACACUCAAAAAGCAGUGGACCUACCAACUCCUCAAGCGAAUCCAGACCUACAAUUAACUCUGAAGGUAAAGUGAAAGAGCUCUCUUCAAAUCAUAUCAUCAAAGAUAUAGGGCUAUAUGUAAAUAACCAGCCUGAUGAUUACACAAAAUAUCUUCUUUUGGAAGAACAUUGGAAGCCACCCUCAAACUACGUGUAUCCAUAUUCAGAAAACUCAAAGGGCGUUAAAAGGUAUUUGUCUAAAACCCACCUAGAAAAUCAUACAUGGCUUGUACUUUCAGAGUCGAAGAAAGGUUUGUUCUGUAAAUACUGUGCACUUUUCGCCCAAGAAAAGGCAGGUCACAAUAAGGGCGUGAAGCUGGGGAGACUUGUAAUUGAACCUUUGACACGGUUUAAAGACUUAACAGGAAAAGAUGGCGACUUGCAAACCCAUGAAAGAAGUUUAUACCAUAAAACCUGUGUAGAAAUGGGGAAAGACUUUUUGAAAACUUACAAAUCACCUAAUAAAGAAGUUAUCAAUCAGGUAUGCUCUGAGCGGCUUCGUCAGGUUACAGAAAAUCGUGAAAGGCUAAAGCCCAUUAUCAAAACCAUUAUUUUGCUCGGGCGUCAAAACAUACCUUUUCGAGGUCACAGGGACGAUGGUCCUAUCAACCUAGACAUUGAGACUUCAGCAGCAAAUCAGGGGAAUUUCAAAGCUCUCUUGCAGUUCAGAGUAGACGCGGGUGACAAAGCUCUCGAAAAACAUCUUAAUACAUCAUCUUCUCGAGCAACAUAUAUUAGCAAAACAACGCAAAAUGCUUUAAUAGAGUGUUGUGGGGAUGAAAUUAGGGAUGAAAUUCUGAAAAGAAUACUCGAGUCCAAAUAUUGGUCUAUGAUGUUUGACGAAACCAGUGAUUUGUCUCAUAAGGAACAGAUUACAUUAGUUGUCCGUUAUCUUUGGAAAGAUGCCGUAAGGGAGGACUUCAUAACUUUUAUUGAUGCAUACAAUGCAGCAGCAGAUGUAAAUGGUAAAGAGUGUAAAGAGAACAAACUAUCAGGGAAAACUCUAGGUGAAAUAGUCUUAAGGAAUGUAAAAGAACUUGGCUUAGACCUUAGUUACUGUGUAGGCAUAGGUACAGAUGGGGCUUCGGUAAUGACAUCUAAAGAAUCAGGUAGUGUAACAAAGAUCCAAUCAGAGGCAGUUAGUGCAAAACGGCUUCCAUGCUACAACCACGCCUUGAAUAAUUAUAUUUCUAAAUCUAAUAAGAUUCGAUCCAUAAAUAAUGCCGUUGGCAUUAUGAAAGAAGUCAUUCACUUUUAUAAUCAGUCAGCAAAAAGGAAUGCUGUUCUAACUGAACACGUAGGAAGGCAACUAGUGAGCCUCUGUGAAACUAGGUGGGUAGAUAGACAUGAUGCAGUAAUUUUAUUUUUUUGUGCAUUGCCAGAAAUUGUCGAUUCAUUUACAGAGAUAAGCGAAUGGAAAGAGUCCGAGUCAGCCAAAAAGGCCGUAUUGUAUAUCAACUCAAUAACAAGCACUGAAUUCAUUUUUUCUUGCGUUUGUCUGGUAGAUAUUCUGAAAAGGACCCUUCCCCUAAGCAAGUUAUUGCAAAAACCAAACUUAGACUUGAACAAGGCUUCCAAUGCAGUGACAGACACACUGACAUGUCUGAAGGAUAGGAGACGAAAUUGUGAUGAUCAUUUCACAGAGUUAUACUUGGAAGCUCUAACUACCUCUGAAAAGCUGGGCGUGCAGCUCAAAAUGCCCAGAGUAGUGAAAAGCCAAAGGCAUAGAGAAAACUACGAAGCAGAGACAGUGAUGGAAUAUUAUAGGAUGUCCAUGUAUAUACCACUUCUCGACAAUGUCAUCACUGAUCUACAAACCAGGUUCUCCGAAGAAAACCUAUUGUGCUUUGACCUCAACCUUUUAAUGCCUGCAAAUAUGUUGAACACCAAUGUCAGCGAAAAAUGCUUGGAGUUGAACGUGAGGCUGCAGAAAGUUUGCCAGAACUUUAAAACUCUUUUGCCCAGUGAUUCUGAAGUGGUACUUGAAGGAGAGUUAAGCAUUUGGAGAGCGAAGUGGUCAAGGGAGAAAGAAGAAGGAAUGAAAAUUCCAAACUGUGCCAUAGAAGUACUCAAAUGCUGCGAUGGAGAUAUGUUUCCAACUGUACGAACACUUCUACAAAUACUUAUCACACUACCAGUAAGUGUUGCAAGUGCUGAAAGGUCAUUCAGCAGCCUUAAGCUCGUUAAAUCCUGGCUACGGACAAGAAUGGUUGAAGAGAGGUUGAAUGGAUUGUGCCUUUUAUACAUACAUCGUGAUAUUGAGGUGAAUGUUGAGAACGUAAUUGAGCGUUAUGCUAAAGGAGGAAAAAGAAGGCUGGACUUUAUUGUUUAA